AUGAUUAGCGAGGAAUGGGAGGCAUAUGGCGGCCGUGUGUGUCGGCUCCCCUCCCCCCUCCCUGGCUGACUGGCUGGCUGGCUGGCGGCUCCACAGCAGCAGCGGAGACUUCACUUUUUGAAGCCGUGGCAUGAAUGAUCUCAUCGGAGCCUCAUCUCCGCUUUUCCCUGCCGUCGAUCCUAUGAGCGAGGCCGGACUCAGAUAAGACGAAGAGCAGCAGGAGUCUUGCCUCAGACUGGCCUAAAAUGGGCAGAAAUGGCGCAGAACAAAAGCUGCUUGUCGCUCAUACAAACGUACUAGAAGCGUUGCAGCCGGGACCACGCUGCUAUGCUAUUGCCUGUGCCUCUCAACAGGAAAGACAGACGCCAUGUUUCCAAAGGGCACCAAGCGUAAGUUCUCCGACCCCGGAGAGGAAGCGGCCUCCAGCGGCGGCAGCCAGAGCCCCGUGACGCGGACGCCGUCGCCCUCGUACAGCCUCCAGCGCCAGUCGCUGCUGGACAUGUCGCUGAUCAAGCUGCAGCUGUGCCACAUGCUGGUGGAGCCCAACCUCUGCCGCUCGGUGCUCAUAGCCAACACGGUGCGGCAGAUCCAGGAGGAGAUGACGCAGGACGGCACCUGGCAGAUCAUGACCCAGGCCCUGGCCGCCGCCCAGUGCCCCAGCGACCGCCUGGUGGCCACCGAGGUGCUCUGCAGGCAGUCGGACCCGGCGGCCCAGGCGGGCCAGAGCCCCAAGCCCUACCCGGUGGUGGGCCUGGACGAGGGCUACCACUCGGAGGAGGUGGUGAUGGAGGGGGACGUGGACAAGGAGGUCAUGUCCACUUUGUCGCCCGUCUCGCCGCAGCUGUCGACGGCGUCCUACCUGGUGGGGCCCUUCGGGAUGGGGCCCUGCUGGGAAGACCAGGAGGACGACGGGGAGUGCGAGGACGAAGAGGAGGACGACAUCGAGGAGUGCGUGUCGGAGGGGGAGGAGGCGGAGCGACCUAAGGAGGACUCUCGGCCGGGGGAGCAGGUCUUCGGGACUUUUGAGAUCAAGCACCCGCCUCCGCCCCCGCCGGACUCUGCGUUGGAAGAACUGUUUUCGGACGUGGACCCGUCCUACUACGAACUGGACACGGUGCUGACGGGCAUGCAGAGCGCCCCCAAGAUGGGACCUUAUGACCUCCUGGAGAGCCUCUCCUCCCACGGGCCGCCCUCCCUUAGCUCCAGCGCCAGCUGCAGGUCGGACCUGAACGAACUGGACCACAUCAUGGAGAUCAUAGUGGGCUCCUGAAAGGCGCCGCAUUCCCUGGGACUUUGUGAAUGUGCUUUUGAUUGUGGGGAGGUUUUGGGACAAGUGGGUGGGUGGGGGGGGGAUUACCUGCGAGCCAAAAAAAUAUUUUUGGAUUGGCAGCUCACAUUGGGACCUUUUUUCUUUUUUUUUUUACUCUUCUUCCAGUGUAUUCCAAACAUGACUUGGAGAAAUUCACAAGCAGUCCAUGUCUUAUUUUGUCGAGGGUCCGACUCGGUCCUCUCUGCGCAUUCUCCGCGUUUACGUCCGCCAUCCUACGGCUAUUUAUUGCAAGUCGUCACACUACAACACAACCAUGUCAAUCCAAAUCUUAAUGAAUGGAUGCAUAUUUUCCUAAAGAUCUGAGCAAAUAUGAAUGGAGUCUAUGUAUAUGUACGUAUGUGUAUAUAGAAAUAUAUUUUUUUGCAUUAUACAGUUGGGGGAUUUUGCAAGUAUCCUUUGAUAUAUUAUUAUUUUUUUCCGCCCCCCCCCUACCCCAAGCGGUUUUUAAGAUUUUAAUGUAGCCGGAUUCCAGACUCAAGUGUCUUCCUGAGGUUUGGUGGACUGGAGCCAGACCGGCACGGUCCCCGCAUUACAGGCGCUGUUCCGUCACUCUCCAAAGCUUUUAUCCAGGGAAGCAAACAUUUCUACGCAGCUCAUGAAGAAGCCAUAUUUCUUUAAUUUAUUAUGUUUUUAUUUAUUGUAUUUAUUCUACCUAGGUACAUACAAUGUCCAGUCCACCAUUAGGCCCCACGUUUUGGUUUGAGCGCAGUACCUGUUCUUCCCCACCCCCAAUAACCAGGUCACAAAUCCAGUCACUAUGCAGCUCCGUCAUGCGCGUUACAAAAUGAUUGUAUACGACUCCAACUAAGUCCUUUUAUGCAACAGUUGCCUUUUCUCCUGAAGAUGUGCUAAAUGCAAUGUUUUCAUCCCAAAUGGGUUCUCGCGGCGAUGAAGAGACGAACUCAGGCAAAGGAGAUGUAUUGACAUAAAUACAGUAUUGAUACCCAACACUCCUGAAGGAUGUCACGCUGGUCUGAAUGGGAGCUAGAACUUCAAAGACUUAAUACCGUUGUAAAAUGUAUGCAUUUUUUUAUAUCAAGGAAAAAAAACAAACAUUGUAGCGUCUUUGUAAAUAUUUUUUAUAAUAAAAGCUGCAACUAUU